AAGGUAGAAUUAGAUAAUAAGUAAAUAGAUGGGCGUAAAAAUAAAACCAACAAAAUGUGCGCUCACCCCAGCAUAAUUGAAGGAUCUACAAUAGCACAAUUACAGUACCCAAGAUUGCAAACUGAAUUUCAUAAAGCCAAGUCAUUCCUGAAUCCAAGCCGCACAACCAGACUUUACGCACUUGGAACGUGCCACCCAAUUUCAUAGAAAGAGUCAAAUCUGACAUGAUCGAAGCAUCAUCGUUAUUCAAUCAGCAUAGACACCAAGCUUUUUAUACGAGUCGAUACUCCCACUGGAAAACUUUGCCGGAAAACUGCUAUUAAGUGUGCGUCGGUAAGAGAGAGAAGGUGUUUUUGUCGCCCUGGAGUAAAGCUGACGUUUUCUCACACCUUCCACAUUUUUUCUAUCUGCUUUCUUGGCAAUUCUCAUAGUAACAUUGAGGAGAAAGAGAGAGUAAAGGCCAAGCAUGUUGUACAUCUUGGGAAUUGUGGGAUCAAAUUCAUCAUUGAUCAUAUACUGGUUAUCAUCAAAGUCCACUUUGAAACAAAGUGACAAGCAUGGGGCGGCUAUGGUUGAGAGUUGAAAGAGGGUGGUGAUGAUCCUGUACAAGGGAAGAGGCAAAAUCAGAUAUAGGCCAUGGAUGAGGUACCUGGCUCACUGGGGACCAGCGCCAGCUUCUCUUUGAGAUUGGGCCAGACCCUCUUUGCCUCUGCCUCUCUUCUUUUCAUGUCUUUGGGUGUUGAUUUCUACAGCUACACUGCUUUCUGCUACCUGGUGACAAUAAUGAGUUUGGUUAUACCUUGGAGUUUGACUCUGGCCCUGGUGGAUGGCUACUCUGUUCUGGUUAAAUGCCCCGUUCGGCAGCCAGGAAUACUGCUGAUCGUUGUCUUCGGAGAUUGGGUGUUAUCCAUUCUCACACUGGCUGCAGCUUGCUCAACAGUUAGUGUUGUGGACCUUCUGCUCCACUUUAAUGGGUCAUAUUGCCCUCCCAAGUUAUGCAGAAGAUAUCAGAUAUCAGCUGCCAUGGCUUUCUUGUCAUGGUUUAUGUCUUUGGCUUCAUCUCUAUUCAAUCUAUGGUUACUCCCCUCCUUGUGAUUU